CUAUUUCUAUCGCUCCUCCUUUUAUCCAGUCGAUGUUAACUGUCCUCUUUUUUAUGUUCCGAAGAAGCCACCGUAAUUUAUAUUCCGGAAUAAGUUUCUGUAUUCGAUUUCAGUUUCUCACUUAUAAUAACCGGAAGUUGGUAUUAGAAACUGUAAACACGUGUGUGCUGUGUGAGUUUGUUGAGACAAUCUUUCAUGGCUUCUUGAAUUGUGAGAUGGGUUUAACGAGGCAGUAUCUACGAUACAUUCCUGGGCCAGUGAUAGGGCUUGUAGGGGGACAGAAAUCAAACAUCGUUUUCCUGGACAUCAAAGGAGUGAAGGGAAAAUAUUGUGCUGUUGGAGCAUGUGAAAAUGUUCUGGUGUGGGAUCUCAGGACCGGGGAAAAGCACAUAGAACUACCUGGGGACAAGAGUGAAGUGACCCAGAUUGCUAAAUCACCAGAUAAGAGGCAUGUAGCAGUGGGGUACAGUGAUGGCAUGGUGAAGGUAUUUGACCUUCAUGUGGGAGAGGUCAAGGUCAACUUCAGUGGACACAAGUCUGCGGUCACAGCUCUAAAUUAUGAUCAUCAAGGACUGCGGCUUGUCUCAGGUGCCAAGGACACGGAUGUGAUAGUGUGGGAUAUAGUCAAUGAAUCUGGACUGUUCAGACUGAAGGGUCACAAAGGGCAGAUAACUCAGGUGGUGUUCCUGAAAGAGAGAAAUGUCAUAGUUUCAAGUUCUAAGGACACUUUCAUCAAGUUUUGGGAUCUGGACACACAGCAUUGCUUUAAGACGCUGGUGGGACACAGGAGUGAGGUUUAUGAUUUUGUGGUGGUUAGAAAUGGCCAGCGUUUGAUCACGGGUUCAGCUGACAGUGAACUUAGAGUGUGGGACAUUGAAUAUGUGGAUAGUCUGAAUUCAGAGGAAGAUGAAGAACCUGCUCUUAAGAGAAUCAAGAUGGAAGAGGAGGUGGGGGAGGAGGAGGAGGAGGAGGAAGAUCUGCAUAUUUUGAAGUGUACAAAAAUUGGGUCAGUGAUGCGACAAGGGAGAGAUCGUCUGAUGUCCAUGACAACAGACGCCAAUGGUUCUGUUCUGAUCUGUCAUGGAAACAAUAAAUUUCUGGAAGUGUUCAAGUUGCCUUCGAUCGACGAUCUUAAAAAGCACUUGGCCAAAAGACAGAAAAAGCUCCGAAAGAAAGCAAGGGACUCUGGGACUGACUGUGUUGGGGAGGCAAUGCUUACUGUGACAGAUGAAAUCAUUCAAUAUGGACUGCACAAGAUGGCGGCCAACAUCGUGUCAGUGGAUACGGUUUUAGAAAAUCCAGGACAGUGCAAGGUUUUAGUCCUUCUGAAUAACAACAUGUUGCAACAUUGCAGUCUGGGGCUAGACCAGAAACAGAAUGACCCCCAGGGGAUGACGAAAUUAAGCCUCCCCGGACACAGGUCAGAUGUCAGGACACUGUGUUUCAGCUCCGAUAAUACGGCCAUUCUGUCAGCGAGUGGUGAGAGUGUCAAAAUCUGGAACAGGGCCUCUAAUCAGUGCAUCAGAACCAUGACUUGCGACUAUGCCCUGUGCUCUGUGUUUGCACCAGGAGAUCGACACAUCAUCAUUGGUACAAAGAGCGGGAAACUACUCAUCUUUGAUGUUGGCAGUGGUGGACUCUUGGAGGAGCUGGAGGCCCAUAAAGGGGCAGUGUGGUCCUUAUGUAUGUCACCAGACAGGAGGGGAAUAGCUACAGGUAGUGCUGACAAGUCCGUCAGUUUUUGGAAGUUCGAGCUGAUCACCGACGAAAAGUUCUCCCUCACAAGUAAAAGGCUGACCCUGGAGUUGGAGAAAACUUUGAAGAUGGAUGAAGACGUGCUUUGUGUCAAAUACAGUCCGGAUCAGCGCCUUAUAGCUGUUUCUCUGUUAGACAAUACAGUGAAGGUCUUCUUUGCUGAUACUCUGAAGUUUUUCCUGUCCUUGUAUGGACACAAACUCCCUGUCACCUGUAUGGACAUCUCGCACGACAGCACUCUUCUCGUGUCCGGAUCAGCGGACCGGAACAUCAAGAUCUGGGGGCUGGACUUUGGAGACUGCCACAAAUCAAUUUUUGCUCAUGAUGAUAGUGUUAUGUGUACUCAUUUUAUAUCCAAAACUCAUUUAAUCUUCACUGGUGGAAAAGACGGGAAAAUUAAGCAGUGGGACGCAGACAGCUUUGAGCACAUUGUCACGCUUCAGGGCCAUCACGCGGAGGUAUGGAGUUUGACUGUGAGUUCCACGGGGAACUUCCUGGUGACAGCAUCACAUGACAAGUCCAUCAGAGUGUGGGAGAAAACCAAGGAGAUUGUCGUCUUAGGGGAGGAGAGGGAGAUGGAGAGAGAGAGGGAGGAUGAAGAAGCUAUUGGAGGGGAAAUGGUUGUUCCAGGAGAAUCUAACACAGAAGUGACCUUAGCUGGCAAGAAAACCAUAGAAACAGUCAAAGGGGCAGAGAGGCUAAUGGAAGCUUUAGACCUUUACAAAGAGGAAUCGGCCAGACUGAAGGAUCACAGAGAACAGAGUCGGAGGAAAGGACAGAAGUUGCCUCCCCUGUCACUUAAUCCGAUGUUUAUGGCGUACAAGUGCGACACACCUGAGCGAUACAUGCUGGAGAUGCUGCGCAAAAUUAAAUCCAGCGAGCUGGAGGAGUCUCUCUUGGUCCUGCCUUUCUCCUACGUGGUAGACCUCCUGAAAGUUUUAGAGGUGUUCAUCGACUCUGGCUGGGAAGUGGAACUCUCCUGUCGCUGUUUGUUCUUCCUCCUCCGAGUUCAUCACGGCCAGAUCACCUCCAAUCUCGUCCUUCUCCCUGUAAUAGACAGACUCAGACAGAAGACUCGAGAUCGAGUGGGUGAACUCAGGGAUAGGAUUGGGUUCAAUAGGGCAGGGAGUGAAUUCGUACAGAAACAAAUUGAGCUGGCACAAGAAACAGUCUUCUUCAGCGAUGCCACAGGGAGGUUCAGAGAGAGGAAGAGAAAGAAGAGAGCGAUUUUAGCUGUGAAAGUAUAAACCACAGAAUACAUAAUAAAAUAUUGUCUUAUAUCUGAAA